GACCUACGCUCCUAAGUACAGAUCUAGGAUCAGCUCAUCCUCAUCAAAUCCAAACCAGGACGUUUAGAAUUCACAAGGGGAACACUGACCUCAGACCAGCGUUUAAACCCCACGUCUUCCUGCCUAGACACUGACUCUCUGUCCAGAGUUCCUCUGUGCUCCAGCCGUAUAUCCAUCCAGCCAUGGGUCUGAUGAGCGAGGACAUGGAGUGCUGCGUCUGCCUCCAGCCCUACUCUCGUAGGCAGAAGAUCCCUCGGAUGCUCCACUGUAAGCACACAUUCUGUGGGCUGUGCUUGCAGGCGAUGUCCAGGCUCCAGAGCGGCCUACUGACAGUAUGCUGCCCCCUGUGCCGUUGUAUCACCUGCACCGAGCCCAGCCUCACCGUGUCGGGGUCGCUGUGGGUUAACACUGAGAUCUGGGACCAGAUACUAGACACACAACAGGAAGAGGAGGAGGAGGAAGAGGAGGAAAAGUGGAAGGAAGCUAACAGACAGACACAGACCACUACCCAGUACACAUGGUCUCCAUCAAGGCAUUGUGGCCUGAGGAUCAAACUACAGAAUUUCCUGAGGAGGAUGAAGCACAAUGUACUGUAAACCGAGAAGAGGAAGAGUAGAGAAGAAGAAGACUGUAUUUGACCAUUUCAGAGUAGGAGAUACUCAUUGAGUAAUGAAGAUAAUUCACCAAACAGGACCGACCGGUGAUUUUCCAUAAUGAAGCAAGGUUGAACCAAUUAUUAAUAUGCUUUGGGUUUGAUUGACUUUGGGUAUGUGUAAUGUUCUCAGUCAACUUACCUGGUAAAAUAAGGGUUAAAUAAUAAUAUUAAUAAUAAAGGAUGGAUUGGGGGAGGGAAUAAAAAAUAAGAUUUUAAAUGGAUUGAGGAUGAAAGAAAGAUGAAGGAAGUUAUGGAAGGAAGGAAGGAUGGAAGUUAUGGAAGGAAGGAAGGAAGUUAUGGAAGGAAGGAAGGAAGUUAUGGAAGGAAGGAAGGACGGAAGGAAGUUAUGGAAGGAAGGAAGGAAGUUAUGGAAGGAAGGAAGGAAGGAAGGAAGUUGUGGAAGGAAGGAAGUAAGUUAUGGAAGGAAGGAAGUUAUGGAAGGAAGGAAGUUAUGGAAGGAAGGAAGGAAGUUAUGGAAGGAAGGAAGGAAGGAAGGAAGGAAGUUGUGGAAGGAAGGAAGUAAGUUAUGGAAGGAAGGAAGGAAGUUAUGGAAGGAAGGAAGGAAGUUAUGGAAGGAAGGAAGGAAGUAAGUUAUGGAAGGAAGGAAGGAAGUUAUGGACGGAAGGAAGUUAUGGAAGGAAGGAAGGAAGUUAUGGAAGGAAGGAAGGAAGUUAUGGAAGGAAGGAAGGAAGUAAGUUAUGGAAGGAAGGAAGGAAGUUAUGGACGGAAGGAAGUUAUGGAAGGAAGGAAGGAAGUAAGUUAUGGAAGGAAGGAAGGAAGUUAUGGACGGACGGACAGACAGAUAGAGGGGUGAAGGUUAGAGACUGUAUGCUGUACAAUGUGUGCCGUUUACAAUACAAUAUACUGUGAACAAUGUUUAUAAUAGGUGUUUAAUGAUUUGAUAAAAGGUGUAUUACUGCGUGAAGGGAAGUGGAUGUGUAGUAUUUAUUGUUACAUCAUUUAGAACAGUUUCAUAUUGCAGAGUCUUGUUUUUAUCAAUGUAAUUGUCUGCAUCAUUUCCAAUCCCCCAUAUAAGGGAAGUGGGAUUUGUUCAUCCUCAUUUGACAUGUUUUAUUUAUCUGUU